GCGCGCGCAUUGGCUGGCGGAGAAGGGCGCACGUGGGUGAGGGUAAACAACACGCCAGCGCGCCCCCGGUGCGUGUCCGGUCAUCGGAACCUCGGUAAAGCCUCGCGGACUUUACUGCAGCACAGACACGGCGGAACAAUGUUGCACGGAAAGCUGGUUGUUUGUGUAUUCCUGCUAGUGCUUGGCCCCCGUGUGUGUGUGGGCUACGUAUUCCAGGCUGCUCAGCCAACAGAAGAAAAGGAGGAGAUUCCUGUACACCCUAAAAUAUCUAUAUGGGAAAGCACAGCUGGGUCUUGUAAAGGGCGGUGCUUUGAGCUGGUAGAGGCGGAGCCUCCCGGGUGCAGGUGUGAUAAUCUGUGUAAAACGUACUAUAGCUGCUGCGCAGACUUUGAUAAGCAGUGCCUCAAAACCGCUGGAGGUUUUGAGUGUACUGCGGAGCGGUGUGGAGAGAGCCGAAAUGAGGACUAUGCAUGUCAGUGUUCAGAGGACUGUUUGGAGAAAGGAGACUGCUGCACCAACUAUAAUGCUCUCUGCAAAGGUGGGAGUCAGUGGCUGGACGGAGACUGUGAGGAGAUUAAUACCCCUGUAUGUCCUGCAGGAUUUGUGCGUCCUCCUCUCUUCAUCAUCUCUCUGGACGGAUUCCGCGCCUCCUACAUUAAGAAAGGAAAAUCUGUCAUUCCCAACAUCCAUAAACUGAGAACGUGUGGGACACGCUCUCCUCAUAUGAGACCAGUGUACCCUUCGAAGACGUUUCCCAACCUCUACACACUCGCCACGGGGCUGUACCCGGAGUCUCACGGCAUUGUGUGUAACUCCAUGUACGACCCAGUGUUUGACGCGAACUUCAAUCUGCGUGGGCGAGAGAAGCUCAAUCCUCGCUGGUGGGGUGGGCAACCCAUCUGGAUAACGGCAGAGAAGCAGGGGGUGAAAGCAGCUACGUUCUUCUGGCCAUGGGUGAUUCCACUGGAGAGAAGGAUCCUGACCAUGCUAAGUUGGCUCCACCUGCCUGAUGAUGAAAGGCCGUAUGUGUAUGCGGUCCACUCGGAGCAGCCUGAUGCGUUCGGCCACAGACUGGGGCCACUCAGCAACGAGCUGGAUAACCCGCUAAGAGAAAUUGAUAACAUCAUCGGUCAAUUGAUGAACGGUCUGAAACAGAUGAACCUGCACCGCUGUGUAAAUGUCAUCAUAGUGGGCGAUCAUGGAAUGGAGGAGGCCCACUGUGAUCGUACAGAGUAUCUCAGCUCAUACGGACUAAACGUUAAUGAGUUCACACUCAUCCCGGGAUCAUCUGGGAGACUGCGUCCCAAAAACCAGAGCGUGCCAUACGACCCAAAGGAACUUGCAGCCAAUUUAACCUGUAAGAUGCCUAAUCAGCACUUUAAGACCUAUCUGAAGCAGCACCUGCCCAAACGGCUGCACUACGCCAACAACCGCAGGAUCGAGGACGUGCACCUGCUCAUGGAGAGGAAGUGGCUCGUAGCCAUGAACCGGUUACCUGGCAGCUGUGGCUACUUUGGCGAUCACGGCUUCGAUAACAAAAUCAGCAGCAUGCAGACCAUCUUUCUGGGAUACGGGCCGAGCUUCAAGUUCAGGACGGAAGUUCCUCCGUUUGAGAAUAUUGAGCUUUACAACGUCAUGUGUGACCUCCUGGGCUUGACUCCUGCACCUAAUAAUGGCACACGCGGCAGUCUGAACUCCGUGCUUAAAGACCCUCCUUACAAGCCCAUACAGCCGGAGGAAGUGACAUCACCAGCACCUCUAGAGCCUGCUGAAACUUCACUACCCUACAACCUGGGCUGCAGCUGUGAUGAUGAGAAUAUGAUCGAAGAGAGCACUGAUGGAUUGCUCGCAGAAGGAGCUGCUUCGUUAAACAAUGUCACCCACCUGCCGUUCGGCCGGCCCGCCGUUUUGUUCCAGACUUCGUACUCUUUACUGCAGCACUCGGACUACGUCGGCGCAUACAGCUACGAGCUGCGCAUGCCUCUGUGGACAGCAUUCACCAUCACACCACAGAUAGAGAGCACUGCAUCACCUCUUCCAGGCUCAGAGUGUGUAAGAGCGGACGUCCGAAUUCCUCCCAAACACACACCCACCUGCGACUCCAACAACCAGGAGAACAAGAUCAUCCGUGGAUUCCUGUACCCGCCUGGUUUGUCCAUCACUCCUGAAUCCAGAUAUGAUGCUUCACUGAUCACCAACACAGUGCCCAUUUACCCUGCCUUUAAGAGAAUAUGGAACUACCUGCAGAUGACAGUAUUGAAGCGCUAUAGUGAAGAGAGGAACAGCAUUAAUGUUGUGACCGGACCCAUAUUUGACUAUGACUUUGAUGGACUCAGAGACACGGUGGAGAAAAUCAAAGAACAUGCAGGUGACUCUGCCCCGGUCCCUACUCAUUUCUACGUGAUAAUAACGAGCUGUGAGGAAGAGAACACAACAGUGGAGGAGUGCGAUGGAGCCAUUUCACCGGUGUCCUUCAUCCUCCAUCAUCGGCCAGAUAACUCAGAAAGCUGCAAUAGUUCGGACGAGCCGUCUCGCUGGGUGGAGGAGAUCCUGCGCACUCACACGGCUCGCGUACGUGACGUGGAACUGCUCACCGGACUCGAUUUCUACCGCUCUGUCGCGCUGCCCUACACAAACACACUCACGCUGAAAACCUAUCUGCACACUUUCGAGGAAAAUGUCUAACACCUGGCGGAGCAACAUCACUAAACACCACAUCACCUCUCUUCCUGGAGCCACUGAUGAUUAGGUGUAUAGUUUUUAUACAGUUUCUCAUAUUUAUUGUUCAUUUCAAACAAAAUAUUGAUGGUACAAUGUUUCAAACAGUUCAACUUUAGACUCACUAAAUAUAUCUGUUUAGAGCGUGAAACACAUUGCGUUAUUGUGAGUAUCUUUGUGUGUGUGUGUGUGCGUGUGUGUUGUAAGUUAACAGUUUGUUAGCAUGUGUUUGCUAGCAUGUGGAGAGGAUUUAUGUGGCGCUCAGUGCUCCAGUUUACUGUGAUAAUAAUGUUACCACAUAGUAACAUUCCCCUACAGAUAACCCCCAGCAAGGCAUGUACCAUAGUCCUUUUCAUCAUAGUUUACAAUGUUACUACAAUAAUGUAUUUGCGAAAUUUUAAUGUUUACGUAUUCUUAAAAUAUCACUACCGCCAUCUGCUGGUUGUGGGGUGACUCACAAUUGCAAAGUAAAAAAAAAAAAAAAAAAAAAAAAAGACAA